UUCGGGUCACCGGAGACCUGAGGUAGAAAUUUCACAGAUCUGCGUUCCCUGAGACCCUUGGAGAAGGGGGACAUCGCCCCAAGUUAGAAACGCCCUGCCAGCGCAAAAGCGGAGUUCGAUUUAAACUAGGGCUUUGGCCUCAUGACCCCAACCAAACCCCGCCCCUUCCUGGUUGUCUUAGCGACGACGGUGGCGUCCCAAGAUGGCGUCGUGGCUGCCAGAGACUCUCUACGAAAUCUUAGGACAAGGCCCGGCGCCGAGCAAAGACUAUUACCAGCUAUUGAUCACCCGAUCCCAGUUCAAAUUGCCUUAAUAUUUGGUGCAAGAAUAUUAGACUAUGUCUUCGGUUUGUGCGAAGGUAAAUUUGACUUCCUGGAGCGGCUCUCAGACAACGUGCUCCUGAUUAUCCUUUCUUAUCUGGACCUUGAAGACAUUGCCAGUCUUUCUCAAACAUCACACAGGUUUUUAAAGCUGUGCAGGUCUGACCAGCUGUGGGAGCGGAUAGUUGAGACCGCCUGUGAGGUCACCCCUGACAUGCGCGCCCUGGCCGGGGACAUAGGCUGGAGACAGAUGUUCUUCACCAAGGCGCAGCCGGCCCGCAAGAGGAAGCAAAGUGGAGGAAGCGAGGAGGACAGGCAACUUUAGGGACACGGGUCUUCUUUCCCUGCGGCGCCGCUGCAGUUUUCUGCUGCAUCCAGGCCGCCUCUGUCCCCGUCCCUGAGAACUAGGAGGCGCGGCUGGUUCCAGCAGCCCCGGCGCGGAGCAGCGCUCAGGGCGAGGCCCCCGCCCGCGCCGCCUCGCCCCAGCCAGAGCUCGAAACGCAUCGGGGUGUUUGACUCAGAAACGCCCGCGGUAGGUCUCCAGUCUGAGUGCGCAUAAAAAUCGACUGAUAAGCGUAUUUAACGGGAAGGUUUAUUGGCCCCGUCCCCCAAGAUUCCAAUUCAUUAGGUUUUCAGUAGCCCCAGGAAUCUGCACUUGAAAUAAUCUUGGAUACAAGUUUUAAAUUGGAAAAGCAUUAUGUGCAUAAGGGAGAAAGUGAGACCCACCCCAGUCCCCAAGCUUUUCUCCGCGGAGCCGACCACCGUUCACGUUUUCUUGCGUUUCCUUCCAGAAACGUCCCACACAAAUACAAGGCAUAUGAACCGCUUUCUUUUGUCAACAAAGCACAACUGGGAGCACAUUAGCUAUAUUUUAUCUUGCCCUUUUUCUUUUGGCAAUACAUCGUGGAUAUUGUUUUAUAUAGGAAUCUGUCUUUAAAACAAUAGUUGUAUAAAUACCACAUUUUAUUUAACAGUUCCCUAUUGAUGGGCAAUAAAAUUGUUUCCAGUCUUUCAUAUAAGAAACAAUAAAUUUUUUAAAAUUCUU